AUAGUAAUAGUAGUAGUAAUAGUAGUAUUAAUAAUAGUAGUAGUAGUAAUAGUAAUAGUAGUAGUAAUAGUAGUAUUAAUAAUAGUAGUAGUAGUAGUAAUAGUGGUAUUUCUUACUUCAAUUCUUACAGAUUUCUUUCCACUUAUUUCAUUUUUGUCUCUCUUUUAUUAAAACCGGUGAAUAUUUUACCAUCUGAAUAUUUGAUCCGGUUCUGGGGAUUUGUUUGGGUGGUCUGUCUGGGUUCAGGUCUGAUUGGUCCUGAUGGCGGCUAACCGGGUGGGGCGGCGGUUGAACAGGAUGUGUAGUAACCAGUCACCGAGCCGGGCUGGCGGGCGGCAGACCCGGGUCACCGUGAAGUACAACCGCAAAGAGCUGCAGAGGAGGCUGGAUGUGGAGAAGUGGAUCGACUGUGGACUGGACCAGCUGUACAGGGGCCGGGAGGAGGACAUGCCAGAGGAGGUGAACAUCGACCAACUGCUGGACUUAAAGACGGAUGAGGAGAGAAGCCAGAGACUGCAGGAACUCUUUCACACCUGUAACAACAGUACAGAGGUCUUCAUCUGUGAGCUGCUGGUAAAGCUUCAUGGUCUCCAGAAGCAGGAGGAUCUGCACAACGACGGCAUCGACCUCCCUCAGCUCCACAUCUACCCCACCCGCCCUGGAUCAGCUGACAGGGAGGUGCUGCACUGAGAAAACAAGUGCACUCUGACCUCCAAACCAGUAACACCUCUGCACACUGCGACUCACUCCCGACAACCUGGAGGCACAGGACACGAAAAACAAACUCACCUAAACUGUCCCGGUUCCCUCCAAUUAGAUGUCAUGAAAAGACUUUUGAGUUUCUGACAUUCACGUCUCUUUUCUGUUGGUGAUAAAAAAACACAAAUGUUUUAACAUGUCGUGUUCCACUGUUUCACAAAUGCUCUGUUUUUACAUCAA